AUGAGCUCUAUUGAUGAGAAGCCUCUUUCAUGGUUCAUCAGACUGAUUCAUGAUACUUGCAUUCAUUUGAAUAAAUCUAUGUUGCUCCUCUGCUUAUUCCACUCUAAUUCUACAAUGAGCUCUAUUGAUGAGAAGCCUCUUUCAUGGUUCAUCAGACUGAUUCAUGAUACUUGCAUUCAUUUGAAUAAAUCUAUGUUGCUCCUCUGCUUAUUCCAUUCUAAUUCUACAAUGAGCUCUAUUGAUGAGAAGCCUCUUUCAUGGUUCAUCAGACUGAUUCAUGAUACUUGCAUUCAUUUGAAUAAAUCUAUGUUGCUCCUCUGCUUAUUCCACUCUAAUUCUACAAUGAGCUCUAUUGAUGAGAAGCCCUUUUCAUGGUUCAUCAGACUGAUUCAUGAUACUUGCAUUCAUUUGAAUAAAUCUAUAUGUUGCUCUCUGCUUAUUCCACUUAAUUCUAUCUCAAUGAGCUCUAUUGAUGAGAAGCCUCUUUCAUGGUUCAUCAGACUGAUUCAUGAUACUUGCAUUCAUUUGAAUAAAUCUAUGUUGCCCUCUGCUUAUUCCACUCUAAUUCUACAAUGA